AUGAUAGCACUUUUCAAGUACAUGGAAGACUGUUCCAUGGAGGAGUCCAGCAACUCUUCUCAGUCAUCUCAGAAUGCAGGGCAUGACAUAAUGGCCUCAAGUACAGGAAGCUGGAACUUGAGACCAGCUGGAACAGUCGUCCUGACGAACCAAGAGUUUCCUGUUUCCCUGCUGUCUGUCAGAAUUGUCAGCGCCAAUAACAUUUCCUGCAACAAUACAAGGUUUGCAUCUGGUUGCUAUGUGACCUUGCAUCUGCCAACAGCAUCACACAAGAAAUUCAGAACCCAAACUAUCAAGUACUCUGAAAACCCAGUUUGGAAUGAGAAAUUCUACUUUACAAUCCAAACUGAGAUCAAGAAUAUCUUAGAGUUGGAGGUUUGUAAAGCUGAUCCAGUCACCAAAGAUGACAUAUUGUUUACUGUUCUUUAUGACUGCGCAAAGAUCCAGCCUGGAGACACAGUCUAUGAGAUUUUCUCCUUAAAACCAGAGAAUGAAGACCGUCCUUAUGAAUCUUUGGAAGUGGAAUUCAAGUUGGCAGAAAGCCCUGAUCCUCCUGAGAAACUUGUUUCCAAUGGUGUCUUAGUGGCUCGUGAACUUUGUAUCUUGGAUGUAAAGGUGAAAAAAGAAGAUAAUGAGCAGCUUUUGAAAGCCAAGAAAAAUGUUGUGCUUACCGUACAAGAGUCCUAUGAAGGAACACGGAUAACCACCCCUGAUUUAGAUUCGUUCCGCUUUCAUUGCAUAAAGAGCUGGGAACCAGUAUUAAAAGUGAAGCUUCAGGUAAUGGCAGAGAAUGAUUCAGACUACCCUUUCGUUCUGCCACUGAAACUGCUUCCAGUGGGACUGCAAAUGAAAGUAGACCUAAAAGUAGAGGAGGGUGGGGCUUUGGAGUUGCACCUUCAGGUAACGGGCUGGUCACAAAAUCUUGACUUACGUCUGGGAUAUGAACUUUGUAAUGAUGAGCGGGAUUUUCUGCACAAAAGGAAGAGGGUGGUUAGCAAUGCCUUGAAGAAGCUUUUUCAUCUGAGUGAAGACCUGUGUGAGCACGAGGUCCCGGUGAUAGCUGUUAUGGCAACAGGAGGUGGGCUGAGAGCCAUGACGGCGAUGUAUGGUCACCUCUUAGCACUCCAGAAAUUGAACCUUUUGAACUGCAUUUCAUACAUAACUACAGCCUCUGGAUCAACAUGGACAAUGACAGACUUGUACAAAAAUGCCAACUGGUCACAAAACAAUUUGGAAGAGUCCAUCCAAGUAAUUAAAAGCCAGAUGCUGAAGAGCAAAAUGGACAUUAUUUCCAUUCAGCGACUGAAACAUUAUCAUAAGGAGAUUAUUGAGAGGACUGAAAAGGGACACAGUUCAUCUUUUACAGAUCUCUGGGCCCUUGUUCAAGAGGCCUUCUUACAUGAAAAGCCAGAUAACUGUAAACUCUCAGAACAACGCCAGGCCGUGAAUCAGGGCCAGAAUCCUUUGCCUAUCUAUACAGCCAUGAACGUCAAAGACAAAAGUAUCAGCACCACUGACUUCAGAGAGUGGGUGGAAUUCUCUCCUUAUGAAGUGGGAUUCCUGAAAUAUGGAGCUUCCAUUCAUGUAGAAGAUUUUGAUAGUGAAUUCUUCAUGGGAAAGUUGGUGAAGAGGCUUCCAGAAUCUCGGAUUUGUUUCUUGGAAGGGAUCUGGACUAACAUUUACUCUCAAAAUCUGCUGGAUUGUUUGUCUUGGUCCUCAACACCAGAAGAAUUUUGGAAACACUGGGUCGAAGAUGUUGCAGAUAAAGGCGAAGAAAGAGCCUUGGAUGAUAGAUAUACAACUGUUUAUAAGCCUCCAAGCUUUGGGUCUGGAAAGCUCUGUGAAAUCUUUAAUGACAUUUUAACAGAUCGUCCUUUAAAAGGAAAAACCCACAACUUCCUGCAAAGCCUUGACUUUGAUAAAGACUAUUUGCAACAAAAAGAAUUUAUUGAAUGGAGAGAUACUAUGUUGGAUACCUCUCCUAACAAGCUGACUCCAAUGGAUCAGUCCCUCUGUUUAAUGGAUAUAGGCUAUUUUAUUAACAACAGUGGCCCACCACUUUUUAAGCCAGAAAGGGAUGUAGAUGUUAUCAUUUUACUGGAUUAUGAAAUGAGCACAACCUUCCAGCCAGCAGAAAGGUUGGCCAAAUACUGUGAAGUGCAAGGUAUCCCCUUUCCAAAAGUUAACCCAAGUGAGGAAGACCAAAAGAAUCUCCAGGAGUGCUAUGUGUUCUCAGAUGAAAACAAUCCCAAAGCACCAAUAGUGCUUUAUUUCCCACUGGUGAAUUCCUCCUUCAGGGAGUUCAAGGCACCAGGGGUAAAACGUACUGCUUCAGAAAUGAGUGGAGGUAAAGUAAAUGUGAACAGGUGCAGCUCACCAUACAGAACGAUUCAUUUAACCUAUACUGAAGAAGACUUUGACAAACUGAUCAACCUGAGCACUUACAACCUCCUUUGUAGCAAAGACUAUGUAUUCCAGGCCAUCCAGCAUGCUAUACAAAAAAGAAAAAACAUUUAA